CGCCAUCGUGCGUCAAAUCGACUUUUCCCGUCGAUAAUUGCUCGUGUGGCCUUGCUCGUUGCAGAUAAUUGAUACCACGCUGCAUCGUGCGCGAAUCGCAUAGCUGUUUGCAAUCGAGCACGAGUGGCAGAGCCUCGACACUGUGUAGAGUGGCAGACGCACUGCUGCAACGCCGUCGCAUCGCUACAGCAACCUCAGCUGAGCAAACGGACGCUGUUGCGCAACGCCGUCGCACAAUCGCUACAGCAGUAACGCCUUCAAGCGCUACAGCAGCAACGCAUUCGCACAAUCGCUACGGCAACGAUGCCGCGCCUCCUCGCCAUCCUAGCAACGACGCACGCGUUAAUAGCGCCGCCGAGCCAGCGACACGGCACGGCCCAACGAGCUAUAAAAAUAGUCGACCACGUCAAUAUGAAUCACGAAAAGGGCCGCCACGACCUCCUGAAGGCCUUUUACUUCGAUUUACUGGGUUUUGCGGUCGACCCGCGAAAGAUGGAGAACCUCGACAAGGGCAAGAAGACGCUCUGGGCCAACGCCGGCAUCGCGCAGCUGCACCUGCCCGAGGGUAAACCGGAAGCGCAGCCGUUGGAUGGGCGGCUGACGCUCGCGUACGCGGACCUAGAUCGCUUCGACGAGGCACGGUUAAAUGCCGCGCACGAGGCUCUGGAAGGGACGAAGUUCCAGAUGCGCGCGAACGCGGAUGGGUUCGACGUGAGUUGCCCCUGGGGCACGCCCAUGACGAUCAAAAUUGACGGAGAGGCCGCGGACCCGCGCGGCGUCCAGGACGGCGAGGCCUCGGCGCCGCUGCACAUGACGGACAUCGCGCUGCACGUGUCGCGCGGCGCGGACCUCGCGGGCGUGCAGCGCUUCUACACUAGCGUCAUGGGCGUGCCCGAGGGCGACUGCACAUUGGUCGCGGACCAGCUCCUGCAACUGAAGAUCGGCCCGGCCCAGACGCUGAGCUUCGUCGCGAAGCCUUUCGGGAAGGCGAACCACGCCGAAUUGGGUGAGGACGAGGAAGGCCGCCCGACGAACGGCGGCGUCCACAUCUCCAUGUAUGUUGAUGAUUUGGGAGCGGUCUACGACCGGGCCGACGCGCUCGACCUUGCCUACGUGAACUACCGAUUUAAAAGAAGGGCGCACACCAAGGACGAGGCCCUGGACCAGUGCAUGUUCCGCGUGCUGGACGUGAUCGACCCCGAUGCGCCGGAGAACGGUGCGAUAGUACAGGUGGAGCACGAAAUUCGGUCCUGCGUCAAGCCGGACGGGUCGAAGUACAAGUCCUGCCCGCUGCGGGAGGUAUAGGUUAAUUCA